AGCGCAGCCGGAAGGUGGCCUAAGAGCCCUUCCCCCGUGACCCUGGGGCAGUCUAACUUCCCUUCCUUCGGCUGCAACCCGAGUCCCAGGUGGCGAGCCGGCGUCGGGCUGUGGGAUCGGGUGUCCAAGCUGGAGGCAGUAGCAGUCUCAGCAGCAGCCACAGCAGCGGCCACCCGGGCUGGGGCGACUGCGGGGCCGCGCCGGCGGGGCCGCGCCCGGGGGCGGGGAGGAGGAGGUGCGGAGGCAGGGGAGAUGUGCGCGGUGGCGCGCUGCACGGAGCCAGGUGGAGUCGCGGUUACCGGGGCGACCAGGGCCCGGGCCGGCUCGGCGGCAGCGGCUGCUCGUCUCGCAUUGCAGCAAAGGGCAGCGGCGGCUGCGGAGGCGGCCGGGGGCGGGGAGAGCCCGGGUGGGUGGGAGCCCAGGAGCCAGGGAGGGCCAACCCCCCUGCUAAGCCCUGCUCUACUGCGCCCCUGGGGCCAGGCCCGGACCCGAGCGGACACACCUGUGGCCGCAGCAGCCCAACUACUGGAGCUUUAAGACUCGAAGCUCCCGUCACUCACAGGGGGCCCAGCCAGGGCUGGCAGACCAGGCUGCCAAGUUAUCCUUUGCUUCCGCUGAGUCACUGGAGACCAUGUCGGAGGCUGAACUGCCCCUAGGUUUCAGCAGGAUGAAUCGAUUCCGCCAGAGCUUGCCCCUCUCACGAUCUACCAGCCAGACAAAGCUCCGUUCCCCAGGGGUGCUAUUCCUGCAGUUUGGGGAAGAGACACGGCGGGUGCACAUCACCCAUGAGGUCAGCAGCCUGGACACACUCCAUGCCCUCAUUGCCCACAUGUUCCCACAGAAGCUCACCAUGGGCAUGCUCAAGUCACCCAAUACAGCCAUCCUCAUCAAGGAUGAGGCUCGGAACAUAUUCUAUGAGCUUGAAGAUGUCCGGGACAUUCAAGACCGAAGUAUUAUCAAGAUUUACAGGAAAGAACCACUCUAUUCUGCCUUUCCUGGCUCCCACCUCACUAAUGGGGACCUUCGGAGAGAGAUGGUCUACGCCUCCAGGGAAUCAUCGCCUACCCGGCGCCUGAACAACCUCUCCCCGGCCCCCCACCUCUCCUCGGGCUCCCCACCUCCCGGCCUGCCCUCUGCCUCCCCUUCCCGGUCCAGGCUCUCCUACGCAGGGGGGAGUGGGGGCCGCCCCCCAUCCUAUGCCGGCAGCCCCGUGCACCACUCUGAAAGGCUGGGGGGGGUGCCCCCCGCGCCAGGCGUCUCCCCCAGCCCCAGCGCCAUCUUGGAGCGGCGGGACGUGAAGCCUGACGAAGAUCUGGCGGGCAAGGGAGGAGGGGUGAUGCUAGUGAAAGGGGAGGGCCUCUACGCAGACCCCUACGGGCUGCUCCACGAGGGGCGACUGAGCCUGGCCUCGGCCGGAGGGGACCCCUUUGCCUACCCCGGCGGGGGACUCUACAAGCGGGGCUCGGUGCGCUCCCUCAGCACGUAUUCUGCCACCGCCCUGCAGUCCGACCUGGAGGAUUCCCUGUACAAAGCUGCCACUGGCAGCGGCGGGCCACUCUACGGGGACGGCUUUGGCUUCCGUCUGCCCCCGGCUUCUCCCCAGAAACUGGUGGACGUGGCACCACCCCAGGGCGGCCCUCCGCCUCCCCAUAGCCCUUAUUCGGGGCCGCCCAGUCGCUCCUCUCCUGUCCGCCAGUCCUUCCGCAAGGACUCUGGUUCUUCCUCCUCUGUCUUUGCUGAGAGCCCGGGGGGCAAGCCACGGGGUGGGGGAGGCUCUUCAUCUUCUGGGGUGCCCCCGUCAGAGCUUUUCCCAGGGCCGGGGGAGCGUCCACUGGCAGGCUUCGGGCCUCCGGUGCCAGCCAAGGACACGGAGACCAGGGAACGCAUGGAAGCCAUGGAGAAGCAGAUUGCCAGCUUGACGGGACUGGUGCAGAGUGCCCUCCUCCGGGGUUCAGAGGCUGAGACCCCCAGUGAGAAGAUUGAAGGUUCCAAUGGGGCAGCAACACCCUCAGCACCUUGUGGGCUGGGUGGACGGAGCAGCGGGGCCACUCCGGUUCCGGCGCCUCCUCCGCCAUCAGCCAGCAGCACCCCUGCGGGCCCCCCAACGGCCGUCACCCGGCUACACAUGCAGCUGCACCUCCACGACCUCCAGCACAACGCCGGCGACCUCCGCAACCAGCUGCAGCAGCUCCGCAAACUGCAGAUGCAGAAUCAGGAGUCUGUUCGAACCCUGCUGAAGCGCACAGAGGCUGAGCUGAGCCUUCGGGUGUCCGAAGCAGUCCGGAAGCAGGAGGACCCUCUGCAGCGGCAGCGUACCCUGGUGGAGGAGGAGAGACUGCAUUAUCUGAGCGAGGAGGAGCUGGUCACCCAGCAGCUCAAUGAUCUGGAGAAGUCGGUGGAGAAGAUUCAGAAGGAGGUGUCCCACAACCAUCGGCUGGUCCCGGGUCCUGAGUUGGAGGAGAAGGCUUUGGUGCUGAAACAACUCGGGGAGACCCUCACAGAGCUCAAGUCACAAUUUCCUGGGUUGCAGAGCAAGAUGCGAGUUGUUCUCCGGGUAGAGGUAGAGGCAGUAAAGUUCCUGAAGGAGGAACCGCAGAGACUGGAUGGGCUUCUCAAACGCUGCCGAGGGGUCACCGACACACUGGCCCAGAUCCGAAGGCAAGUGGACGAGGGCACGUGGCCACCUCCAAACAACCUCCUGAGUCAAUCUCCAAAGAAGGUGACGGCUGAGUGUGACUUCAGCAAGAGCCUGGACUUCGAGGUGCCACCCCCCAGCCCUCCCCUGAGCCUCCAUGAGCUGGGGGGGCCAGGCGAUGGCACCGCUCACACACCUAAAGGGGGCAAUCCCUCCAGGGGCCCCGAAACACCCAGCAAGAGAAGUGUGGACAAGGCCGUGUCUGUGGAGGCAGCAGAGAGGGACUGGGAGGAGAAGAGGGCAGCCCUGAGCCAAUAUAGUGCCAAGGACAUCAACCGGCUGUUAGAGGAGACGCAGGCAGAGCUGCUGAAGGCCAUCCCGGACCUGGAUUGCGCGGGCAAGCCUCGUGGGCCAGCCCCCACCCCUGAGCACAAGCCCUCCAAAGCCCCCCAUGGCCAGAAGGCAGCUCCCCGUGGAGAGGCCAGUGGGCGGAGGGGCUCAGAUGAGUUGACAGUCCCCCGAUACCGAACAGAAAAGCCUUCUAAAUCACCCCCACCGCCUCCUCCCCGGCGAAGCUUCCCUUCCUCCCACGGCCUUACCACCACCCGCACUGGGGAGGUCGUGGUCACCAGCAAGAAGGACUCAGCCUUUAUCAAGAAGGCGGAGUCAGAGGAGCUGGAGGUACAGAAGCCCCAGGUGAAACUACGCCGGACAGUGUCUGAGGUGGCCCGUCCAGCCUCCACGCCACCCAUCAUGGCAUCGGCCAUCAAGGAUGAAGACGAUGAGGACCGCAUUAUCGCAGAGCUGGAGGUGUUUGAGAGAAGUUCAAUACCCCUCUCCCCCACGCCCCGCUGCCAGCUGUUCCCAGCCUCGUUCUCCCCCCAGGAAUCAGGGCUCUUUGGGGUGUCCACUCCGGGCCCCCCACGGAAGAAUUCCCUACUCCCCAGAAGCUUCUGUAUCCCCCAGAUCAUUCUAACCGAAUGCGCUUCCAACCCACCUUCGCCUCCAGAGGUUAUGCCAAAAGACGCAGGUACAAGGAGAAUGCCCAUCCCACUGCCCCGAGCAUUAGUGAGGGCUGGUCCAACCGGAGUCACCAACCAGUGCCAAGCACCAUCACUUGGUCAGGACCUGACAGGGGCCAAAUUGGAGGUGACAACGUCUCUGGCAGAACAUGAUAUCUGCCCACCAGGGAGUUCCAAGGGACCAAGGCAAGAGGAGACAGCUUUGAAGACAGAGAACACCAAGGUCCAAACACCGACAGGAGACACCAUCCAACAGCCAGUGGAAGAAAAAGAAGCUGGAUUGGCCUGCCACAAGGGCGAGGAUCCAGAUGGAAAUCAGGGGUCUAUCCAGUGUCCAGGUGUCCUUGCAGACUCUGUCCCAACCAUGGUGGACCCAGAAGGAGCCACUGAAAACUCUGGGCACCAUACUCACAUGUCCGUGGGAGACUAUUCAGAGAGGACUGUGCCUCAGGCCCAGAGUAAUAAAGAUCCCCUUGGUUUGGCCUCGGCAGAGAGGGACACCAGCUCCUGGCUCCCCUUUCAGCGGCUUGACAGUUUGGAGGAGACGCUCCAAGAGCUCGAGGCUACAUUGAAUUCGAUGGGCAAAGCCCCUUCAGCAGCCUCCAUUGGCAUCCUCUCUGGGACAGCGUCCCAGUCGCCCAGGUUCCAGAGCGGCGGGGUCUCCAUCCCACCUAUGAAGAUGGUGAUGCCAGGGGCAUCCAGGCUGAAGCCAGGACAGGCCAGCAGCCCGGACAAAGGCAAGCACAGCAAACAGCGGUCAGAGUACAUGAGGAUCCAGGGCCAGCAGCAGGUCAGUAGACCAUCAAAAGAGGUGAUCGGGUCAAAUGAGACCUCAAGCCCAGUCUCAGAAAAACCCUCUGCUUCCAGAACCUCCAUCCCUGUAUUGACUUCCUUUGGGGCAAGGAAUUCUUCCAUCUCCUUCUAAAAUCCUAUGUUCUUCCUCCCAUUUCCUUCCCUCUUCUUCCUCCUUCAAUUUACCUCCCACCAUAAUCCCUUCAUCUCCCAAUCCCCAACAUGCACCCUCCUCCAGAAUCUCAACAGGAUUUGCAGAAGUUGUGCCCACCUUGUAGCUGUCCUUACCCCACUCGUGGUGUUUUUGAUUUUUUGAAAUAAUCCACUUUUAAUGACCUUUUCUAAAAGCCAAAAACCAACAACAACAAACCUUAAAAUCAAACACACCAUCUACCCCUUUCUGUCCCAGACUGGUCUCCUCUUGGGUCACCAUCCUUUCAUAUUUUCUAUCCCAAUUUCCUUUUUCACAAUCCUGCACUUUCCCAUUCUUCUCUCCCUCUCCCCCCUCCUUUUCCUUUUUUCCUGUCUCCCUUCUGGCUUCCUGAUACUGCUCCAAAUGAACUUGGACCUAUGUCUGGAAUCUCCAAGCCAUGAGGACUUGGAGCUGUGAAAGGUACCCCCUCUCUCCCACCCUGAUACCUUCGUGGGAGAAGAACUGGACCCAACUCUAAAGAAGGGGCUCAGAGAUGGGGGAACAAGAAGAGACCCUGGAAACACCUCCUGGCUGUCUGACCUCUGGACAUGACUGUUAAUCUGUCACUGCUGCUAUCCUGGCUCUCCUCUCCAGGAGGAGACUUUGAAAGCCAAGAUGAAUGGACUAGAGAUAGAACCCCCUGCCUCAGGGGCUGCAGGGAAGCCUCUCUAUCUGUUUCUUCGAGGGAGAGGACAUGAGGUCUGCCCUUUAUUGGCAAUAAGGAACUACCCACGGAGUCCAGAGCUAGGGUGAGGGGUGCUAUUUUGGAUUCUGUGAGUUUGGGGGCAGGGGCAGUCCAGUGUUGAGGAGACACUGCCCUGGGGGAUGGGGAUACCCCAGGAAGGGACUUUACUUUUAGUUUCUUAAUUUAGCACUUUAAAUGUCAUUAAUUUAUUUAAAAGGAGGGGGGAGGUAGCAGGAAAUAGAUGGCAAAGAGAAUCUGAUGUGCUACUGAGAGGACACCAGAAUGUAUGGGAAUCUGGAAGAUGAGGCACUAGAGAAAGAUAGAAAAGAGAAAGAGAAAGAAGAGGGUGAGGAAGGUUAUCUGAUUCUCCCCUCCCCCAUUAGAAAUAUAGGAAUUUUCAGGGAAAGAGUGAAGUGGUGGAGAAACAGGCAUGGGUCCAGAGCCCCUGGGCUCUCCCCACUUGGGUCAUGGUGGCCACAAAGGGAACUGGCCAGCCAGCCAGUGCUCACUCAGGCCUUACCAUUCUAGAACCUGGACUGGACCAAGAGUAUUUGGGCCUAUCCUGAGGCAUUCUGAAGAGCAUUAAGUGGGUCUUAGACUGGAAGGAAUAAGUAUUGUCCCAGGGUCCAGGAUAUUGGGGAUGGGUGACUGAAUGAAGCUGGGGAGUGGACCUAGAAUAGAAAAGAAGCCAUUCCCCCCCCAGCAUCUGGAGCACAACUGGUACAUGAAUGCCAGCACAGGAAGUACAUGAGGCAAGGUCGUGCAAUCCUCCGCUCAAACAGGAGCGGGGUCUUCUGAGCACAGAGGAAGGAUGAGGGGUCAAGGGGGGAAGGGGGUUGUACUUGGAAGAUUCUUUUUUUGGUUGGUUCUUGUUUUCAAGAUUGGGAUCAUUUUUGUAUGAAGGUGUGUGAAGCUUUUUGAAGAAUAAUCUAGAAGAGGAAAAAACUCACAAAAAACUGAACCCUCCUGAACCCCCUCCUCCACAAAAAAAUAUAAAGAAAAAAGGGGAACCUCAUAAAUGAUGCAAUUACUUUUAAUUGCAGGCAACUCUUUACAUUUAAGUGAAGUGUCUUAACAUUUUAUAUUGUUUUAAAAAUAUAUUUACAUAUUAUAUAUAUAUAAUAUACGUAAUAUAAAUAUAUAUAUAUAAAUAUUUAAAAAACGGGAAAAAAAAAGAAACCUAUGCGCACUCUCCCUGGCCGCUGUUUGGCGGGGGAGGGGGCUGGGAGGCCAGGGUCCGGGAGACAGGUUUGUCUGACUUCUGGUUUGGUUCAAUUUGGCUGUACAGAGACAUCCCUCUCUUUCCCCUCAACCUCAGCCUAGAGGAGGGGAUCUGCUCUCCCUUGCUCCCCCCAAGCUGUUCUCCCAGCCUUCCCACUCUUUGGAGCUCAGUGCCCUCCCUCUCUCCACAGACUGCAUCCUUCCUCCCCGAUGGGGAUUGCUGUCCCUCCCCUCCCUGCCCCCUCCCUAAUCCCCGCGCUCCUCCGGUCCCUCUCCCUUGGAGGCCAAGUAUGUUGCCCACUUUCUCUGUCUUGAGUGUAGCGUCCCUUUGUGGCCUGUGUGAAGCCAAGGGGCACAGGCCGGCCAUGGUCAGAGAGAGACACCCUGUUCUCUCCGGCACCUCUGCUGACUGGCUGCUCGGAGAGUCCAGGGGGACUGAAGAUGCUCCCUUCCCCUUCUUUGCAACUCCGGGUGUAUGGAGGGGCAGAAGGGAGGUAGAUGGUCCUGUGAGCGUGCAUGUGGCCACCAACAUGCUUGUUCUUGCACCCGCUGCAUUCGUGCACACACUUGUGUCCCACCUAAGCCUUCACGGGGGAAGGGACCGGACCCAUCCCCACACCCUUUCAACCCCAAAACAAAGACUACCCGUCCCGUUCCGCGGCCUCAUUUUAUUUUCUCUCAACCCCUCCUUCCCCCACAGCACGUUCCCACUUGAUCUGUCUCACUCUGCUUGCUGCAUGCGCCUCACUGCUCGCACUCGUCCGUUGUCUGUCUGUGUGUGCUUGACAAAAAGAAAUCUUAGAAGUUGGGGGGGGGUACCCUCCUCCCCACCCCCCUCUCCCUCCGCUGUGCCGUGGCUCUCGCAUGGGCAGUUUCUUUUCCUUUUCCUUUCUCCAAUAGGCUGUUUCCACAGGAGCCGCACCCCAAGGGCCCUGAGUGGGGUCUCCUAGGGCUGGGGCGGUUCUGUGCCCCCCUUCCCCCCAUAGGGCUCGUGUUGGUGUAGCAAUGACUGGCUGCUUUGGAUAUUUUGUGAUCUCUGUCAGUGUAACUUGACAAUUUCUAAAUGGAAAAGGGUUGCUGUAUUCUCUGUCUCUGUCUUUCUCUCCCUCCCUCUUUUUUAAUGUCCUUCCUCAUCUUACUUUUUUGGUUUUUCUAGCCAAGUGUUUGGGGCUUUAAUAAAACUUGUUUCUUUUUUCUCUCCUGGA